UGACAUAGAGUGGAUUGUUGCAUGAAAACUUCGAUAAAUGGAGCACAUUUGCAUGAAUAGAGGCCUACUUAAACCUUUGUUUUAGGCGUGAACAUAAAAAACCUGCAAGUCCGCCUCGACAUCGACCGCGGUUAAGAUGUCUCCCAUCGAACUCAAAUCCAAGCGUUGCUAGGAUGUUGUUGGAGUUUAUGUCGCCUUUCAUUAAGCUGCUGGAAUUUGCGAAGUCGAAAUCUUCGAGUUGUUGAUCUGUUUGACAUACCGUGAUGCUUUUAGUACAAAAUUAAGCAUACUCAAGGGAUUAACUGGGAUAAAUAAUUCAUGCUCUGUUAUGGAAGUUUCACGGGAUCACUUGUUCAUUAAGCUUAACUUAUUUUUAGCAGUUAUUGGUAAGUAAGCUUUACAUGAAGGAUGGGAAAAGUGACACAUUUUGGCCUUUGCAAGGAUACAACCUUGAUUUCUAGGGGAAGUGGAUGAGCUUUUCUUGUUAUUCUGUGCAAGGUUGCAGUUAUGUUUCAGUCUCAGACUGUAAAUUAUAUCUUUUGAAGUAUCCAUAGAAUGAACACAAGUACAUCCCAGUGACAGUCACAGUGGAUGUGCCAUCCUGUGGAGAAUAUGAAAAUAUAGACACUUUACUUUGUUUCAAUGACUUGCUUCAAUGAUUCUCGUUGAUGAUGAUGAUGAUGAUGAGCACAAUGCUGAAGAUGAUGAUGGGGGGGAUGAGUCAAUUUCAGUGAUUCGAUGAACAGUUUCAUUCAGAAAGUGUUAAUUUGGUUGGUACAAAUAGUGCCGAAAUUGAUGAAUUGACCUAAUUUUUAUUUCUUUCAGCUAUACUUCUUGACUGUUCACUUGUUGAAGGUAAUGUGAUAAGGAAAGGUAAUUGAGUUAAAGAGGUAGGCUCGAUUACCAGCUGCUGUUCGGGAAGUGAGCCCGUGCUCCUCUUCUGAACAGUCUCUUCCCAGCGAGGAGCGAGAGAGCGGGGAAAAUCAAGCCUAUUACAGUAGGGGGGUUAAAAUACUGAAAUUGUUUUUGUUUUAUAAGUUAAUGUCCUCUAUUAACUAUGAACAAACAAAUUUGAUAAACAAUGGUUUGACCCCCUCUUCACUUUAAAAUGUUCUCUACCAAGCCUGGUGAGAAAUUGUUUUAGUGUCAAAUAAAAUUGAUAUUGUUCAAUGGAGAAGAGAACAGUUUUAAUAGGACAAAUACUAGUAACUAGGAGCUUCAAAGUAAAAGCAAGUGGUGGCAUUGAAUCUUAGUGUCACUUUUAAUUUUACCGCAGGGCUCGAAAUUGUGACUGAUAUGGUUGCCAAUUCAACUAAGAUUUUCUCCCUAGCGACCAAAAAUUUCUGGUUUAGUCACCACUUUGGCAACCAGGUAUCUCUAUGAUUUAGAUUUAAAUUAAAAGAUUAAAGUUUAAACAAACAUUUCAUCUUAUCUUGCUUUGCUUUCAUGACAAAAGUGUGCCAAAUCGCAUAAACAAUAUAUACUUCUCACCAUGAUUUUUCAAACAAUCAAAUCGGUUGGAUCGCACCAAACAACAGGGCUUCUGAUAGGUCACAAAAAAAAAGCCAAAUUUCGCGGAUUUUCAGAGACAGAUUCGCUGCAAUUUUGGGGGCUAACUUUACGGAAAAACAAUCGGUAAAAAAUGGCCAAUUUCAUGGGAAUUUUCUGGGCAAAAUAAUUUUGUUAGAAAUCAAUCAAUUUUGCACUGAUUUGAUGAGCGUUUUUAAUGUUUUUUUAACAGAGAUAAUCAUUGGCAAUUUUGACAACAAAGCACUCAAAGCGUAAAUUCGCAUGAAAGAGCUUAGCUUCCGCAAAAUAAUAUAAAAUGAAACGAAUCAAAUCGAAAAGUGGUAAAAAGAAGUCAGGAUAUUUCAGUUCGAUGGAAAGUAAGUGAUUGGGUAGGUGAUUUGCAUACCGAUAAAAACAACGUCUAGCGCAGUUCAAAACCGUUCAGCUUCCUGAAUUGUUUUUCUGGAAUUCUAUACAUUCUCCUGGCCUAAAUCGUUAAAAUAUCUUAUGAAGUCAAAAUAUUUAUCAAGUUGAGCGUUUGCAUUUCCUUAUAAAACAGAGAGUAGCACGAAAGCUUCGAUCUAUAGAUUUUCUUAAGUUAAAUUACCUUUGUAUCGUGGAAACAAUACCCUAUAACACUUGAGUCUUGAAUCAACGGACUCGACAUGUGUGUCGGCUUCCUUUGUGAGCGUGCAAACAGUCAUGGGACCCGCGAUUUUGCGGGUGACACGGAUCUAAAGGCGCCGUUCCGUAAUGGUGAAACAAAGAGUUGGCAAAACCAGCAGGUCUAAAAUACAGGUCACUUUCCACAGGUCAGAGUUCAGGUCAUCAUGCGACAGAAAUGAACAGCGCCAAAAGUGUCUCCUCGCCUUGGCGAUUUAGAUUGAGGGGAAAAUAUUUUACGUUGUAAUUUGUCAAUGGACUAGUGACUUUUAGUCUUGACCUGUGGAAUGAGACCUGUACUUUAGACCCAGCAAAUUUUAUGUGAUGUCAAACAUGACAGUUGUAUCUCCUAGAUAAACUUUAACUCACCGGCAUAUUAUACUCAUAAUGACUAUCUUACAUCCAACAAAAUUAUCUUGUGAUCCGGCCAUGGUUGUUCAAACGUUGGAUAAUGCUAUCCACUGGAUAAAUCACUAUCCAACGGAUAAUGCAAUUGUUUCCCGUAAUACUUAUCCUCUGGAUAGUGAUUUAUCCAGGGGAGAGCGCUAUCCAGCUUUUGAACAACCCGGGCCUGUUGUAUAUAAAGAUUAGUGUGCAGCAUAGUUAAUGUUUGCCAGCAAAGCCACAUAAUUCAAUUAUUAAAUAUGCCCAACUGAAACAUUUUUCUCACUGUGAGUUUUAUAUCUUUCAUUUUCUCAUUUUAGGAGAAUGUGGGACGCAUCUGACCAGUACAGCAGGAACCAUUCAAUCUCCAAACUAUCCCAAACCUUACCCUCCAGGGCAACAGUGUACAUGGACUGUAUCAGUAUCUGGGUCAGUGGAGAACAUUAAAAUCUCAUUUAGGUGAGAAAAGCAAUAAUUGGAUGUGUGCAAAUCAGUCUAAAAACACAGUUCCAAGCAGCUAAGGCUAUUUUGGUGACCAUGUAAUGUAAUGUUUGCUCAAAAUUUUUAACAUGAGGAGUUUUUGGAAAAAUAAAUUUUGACUAAUUACAAUCUUAGAAAGUUUUGUAGACACUGUAUUAUUUUGUUCAUUUAUCCACAGAAACAACUUUUUAUUUGAAUGAUGAAUAUUAUAUAGCCAUCCAAAGUCCCACAAUCUCAGCUGUACAAAAUUAUUGAUGUAAUGCAUUGUACACUGUACUUUUCAAAACAUGACUUGACUAAUACUUUUGCAAAGCAUUUGAUUAUUGAGAGCAUAACUAACAAGUAUGCCAGACUUCAGCGUGUGCUUUUAGUAAAAUGCUUUGUUGUGUAAGGAAUGCUUGAAGGCUAUUAGAACAAUCAACAGAUGUUACUCUUUUGAGUAGGUUCGACUAGGUUGAAGUCAACUCUUUAAUUUAAAGACAAAACUUCAUAAAAAAUUUGGGAAGAGGGCCUUGUUUGCACUAAAAAAAAUGCACUUUAUUUGAGUGUCAAUGUAUUUAGCAUGAAAGUGCUAAUUGAGGACACUAUAUUAACAUCUCCUACUGGAGAAGGGACAGCCAUUUUACAUGGUCAUCCAAGCCACGUGAAGGUCUAACCAUUUGCAAGGCAAAGGUACUACCUUCAUUUCCCAUUUAUUUUAAAGACCCUGAGUAUUAGUCCUACCCCGGGAAUCGAACCCGCGACCUCCCGCUCUGCAGUCAAGCACUUAGUCUGCUACACAGCUGUUUUUAGAGUCGUCACGCAACGCUCCUCCCCACUAGCGGCUGCUGAAAACCGAACUACAUUCCUUUCCCAUGAUUAGCCAAUUAUAAUUCAGCUCCCAUUUUCUAGAAGGUGUUCGCGCUACGUCUGCGGUACUGUGACUCCUCCAAUCAUAGCUUUUCUUUUAUCGGUGCCACAUGUGUGAAUGACAGAAUAAUCAAAAUCGUUGCAUGAAAACAAGCAAUUAACUACAGUAGUGUUGUCGUAGUCGACUCCUAUUAAAAAUUUAGGAGAUAAGCAGCAGCAGCAAGCAAGUCGAGCAAAUUGCGAUGCACAACAUGGAUGUGCUCAUAAAGUUGCUAGGUAUAGUUUCGGGAAAUCGCUCAUCAAUAAUUUAUAAGAUUGCUUUUUGAAUCAGUACCCUGGAGAGUUUAGUCUUCACACGAACACAAUGAGCACAUCCGGCACAUUAAAUUCUUCAUUACAUAUCAGUACAUAUGCACUUUAAAUGAAGAACCAACCGAUCCUGGUAAAAGUCUUCUAGGCCUAUCAAACCUUUUUUUCACUUGGAACUUUCUUGACAGCUUAAAACAAACUUUUUUGCAAAUUAAGUUUUUCGUUGCUUGAAAACACAGAGCCCGUCUAAAUUCAGUGACGAUUGAUUGAUUUGUCGAAAACUGAGAAGCGUGCUCGCUUCCUAGCGCCUUGCGGCUCACGUAUUGUCAAAUCUCUUAUACAUGAUUGGCUUGUUCGUUAGACCACAAACACAAAGGGAAAGGAAUGUAGUUCGGUUUUCAGCAGCCGUUUGUGGGAAUGAGCGUUGCGUGACGACACUAAAAACGGCUGUGUAGCAGACUAUCAAGCACUCUACUGACUGGUAUUUAAUUUGGCAUUUGCAAAAAUUUAAAAAUUCGGUAAUCACCAAUUUUUUGUUUUUGCAACUUUGUUGGCAUCUGAGAGAAUCAAAUUUUUUGUGUAACCAGAAACGUCAGUUAAAGGAACUUUAAUAUUGGUCAAGUUCACGAAAUAAGAUGACCUAACAAAGGAUAGCUGUCAAGGAAAAAAGGAUUUUGUCGCCUGACAAAAAAUUGUAGGCCUCCAAAUGUUCUUGAUGGCAUCCUUGAAGUUUGGUGACAGUUGAGAAAAUUUUGGUUGGUGAAAAAAAAAAUUUUUUAUUGUGAAAAGGGCCUAGGACACUUAUUUCCUCUUUGAUUUAAAUAGUACCUUCAAGUUGAAACCAAAGCCUGCAGGUGGCCAGUGUGUAGAUUACGUGGCGAUAUACAGUUUACUGCUUAACAGAGAUAAAGAUACAAAGAUGAAAGGGAAAUUCUGUGGAGAUUCAAAACCAUUAUCUAUGACAAUUACCCAGUCAUCUAUGACAGUACAGUUUGUCUCGGACUCAGCAGAUUCUGAUUCAUAUACUGGAUUUUCCCUUUAUUAUAAAGCCAACUUUAAAGAUGAUACUGGUAAGUUAAGUUUAGGAUAUUUUGUUUGCCUUUUAAACCCUUAAGCCCUCUUCAAAAUAAUUCAGGUUUUAUCAGUCUAUUUUAUUUUAUUUUAUUUUUUUGCAUAUAUAUAUAUGUUACACAUUUGCAAAAACACCUCUAAGGCCUAUUUUAAUACCUAGAUCCCUCAAGGUAAGACUGUAGAGAACAUUACUUUUUCGACUUUGAAAUCAUUGUAUGGAUGGCAAAGUCUAGGCUGUGCUCUAUCAGUGCCCAGCGGCCCUGGCACCUAUCUUUUGCUCCCGGGCGACUAGAAAAUCUAAGUUUUAUCAUAGAAACAUAUGCUGGGUACCACUGGAUUUCACAGGUUCAAAUCACUGAGUUCUCUUCAAUUUUUCUUUGUGCACAGCCUUGAAAGUAUCAUUAAACAUAACUUAAACUAUUGAUGAUUAGAAGGGAUUUUUAAUGACAUUGCCUGCCACUACAUUUCUCUCUCUCCCAGAUUUUGUUUGAGGGAGAGGGGGUGAUUGUACACUGGAUAUAUUAUACCAUACCAAUAACAGAGUGCAAAGAAAGUCAGUUUUACAGCCUACCAUUCAGGCAAGCAGUAGCUAGCAUUUGCUAGCCCACAAGUCAUUUCAACUGGUCCAAAACCCUUUUUGAUUAGCAGGAUUGAUUACAGUCCUUCUGUAAUUUGAAUUUUCCCAAAAAACAGCACUUGCCCGUCGGCUAAGAUAAGAACAAAAAUCAGUAGCCGGAUAGCAAAAUCAACUAGCCCCGGCAUGCUGCAGUAAGCCCAGUAUAAGAUUCUGGCUGGGUCUAUUCUGAUUUUACUAAGAAGUGCUUCUCUCAGUGUGGGGGCAGGGGCGGGGGCAGGGGGAGUUCAGUUAAAAAAUAUAUUGUUCCAGUGACUGACAUAUUAUAUCAUAUUGCAGCAUCUAAAGUGUCUCAGACAACAGUUGGCAUUAUUGCUGCUAUCUUCUGUGCCGUGGUUUUUGUUGGAGUGGGUAUGCUGCGCUGUAUUAUGAUUGGAGCAUGUAAUGUUUGCAAUGCUCCAAACCCACCACAGGAAAGGCAGGUUAUGGGAACCAAUGAUUCCUACACAUUUCGAGCAGAUUUUCCUCCUUCCUACAGCACAGGUUAGUUUCAAUAAUAGCAACGUAGACCUUCAUUUAUAUGAUUAAAAUUUUAUGUGUGAUCUGAGGCUAUUUACUUGGAAUCAAAGAGUUUCAAAUAUCCUAUUCACCAUAUUCAUCAAGACCAUAAUGCACCUUGUCUACCCCCUCCCCGCCACAAUUUUGCGCAACCAUUGUCUUUGAUUUCUCUAGGGACAACUGUAAUACAGAAGAGAAACUGGAAACAAUUGUUAUGUAAAAUUUUGUGUGGUAAACAAGGUGCAUUAUGGUGUCAGUGAAAAUGGGGAAUGUACAAAAAAAGGAAUUAGUGCAAAUUAUUGGGAGUUUCAAAGAGUGGAAGGUAAUGUUCAAGUGUAGCUGAGUGUUUGAUUGGGGAAGGGAAGCUGAAUUACAAAGAGUUAUGAGAAAUCAAGAACUCCAUUCAUCCAUUGUAUGAAUGCCAUCUCAUUCAUUGUCUUCGCUGUCAUCUACUAGCUGAAGGCUCCCACAAGUUGGAGUUCAUUGGUGCCAUAAUUUAACCAAACAUGUCAUAACUGUGAGUCCUGUUAGAGAGUAUUCACAUUUUCUCCUCUGAAGUUAAAUACCAUUUUCAAUUUAAGAAUUUUUUAGGAGCAUUAAAAUGUUCAUCUUAAGUUUUAGACUAAUGUCACUUUUCUGAUGCUUAAGUUUUAAGACAUCCAGAGAGAUUUCCUUCACCAGAGUCAAGCCCCCAGUUUAGGGAGCUGAGAAAUGGAGAAACAGCUAGGGACUCUCAUUCAGCAGCUCUGGGCCAUGGUGCAACAUUUGAACUACAGUCAAGCAGCAGUGAGAGUGAUGAUGAUGAUGAUGGCACAGCACCACCUCCCUACCCUGGGAAUGUGCAUGAAGAUCAGGCUGGUGUUAGCAGAGUGUCAAACUUGGUUAGGCCCACUGUCGAAGAUGGUACAAAUGAACAUAAUGUUACUGCUGUUCGUGAGAUCCCUUCAUUAGCAGUGAUUAUGGCAAAUGAACAAAUUCCUACAGGAGACAGUCCUCAAGAUCCACUAGCAGAUUUGCCAAUCCUAUCGAGGCCCAUUUAUUCUUUUGAUGCAGCUAACAGUAUGAACAGGAAUGAAGGAGUUGCGCUUUCGUCACAAACUUGUGGGUCUGGUAAUGAUGAACAAAUUCAAUCAGCAGCUAGUGCUCAAGAUCCAUUGUUAGAUCAACCUACUUUAUCCAGAACCAGUCGUAAUGAUACAGACAGCAGCUUAAGUAGAGCUGAAGAACUUGAGUUGUUGCAGACUCAUGUAUCACAUGACGAUAACACGGAAGAGUUUACAGUUUAAGGAACAGAAUAAUACCUUAAAAUACAUUGCACCAACAAGUUACCAGUACUUGUAUGAAGAUAUGAUGAAUCCCGUGUAAAUAUGCAAAAGAACUGAAUAGAAGUGAAGGUUCAACAUGACACAGUAGUGUUGCCAGGAGCUGGCCCAAGCAGGAAGUUUUUGUCUUGGUUGUUAUUUAAUUUAAUGCAAAGCCUCUUAGGAGAAAAAGAACCUAAUAACUGUGUGAGCACAGCAAAACUUUAUAAGAGGUAAAUAAUAGAUUGUUAAAAACACAGAUAUUUAAGCUCUUCAGACAAUUCAUGGCCAUAACUGUGAGGAGUUCCUGUCACUACAUACAAAUCAAGUACACCAGGUUCUAAACCUGUGACAGCAGACAGGCAUUUUUAUGUGCAAGCAAACUUCUAUGAAAUGAUUUAGGAACCCUUAAUUACUAAAUAAAUCUAAUAGAUCUUUGCCUGCUGAUUUGCAUGUUUGCAAUCAGAGAUUAUUCAAUAUAUGUUUUUUUAAAAAAAACAAUUUUUUGGAUGAAAAAAUUAGGUCCAUAUUUUUAUGUGAGCUC